AUGGCGACCACGUCGAACAUGUUCCUCUACUCGCUGACGAUCCAGCCACCAACCAACGUCGUCCAAGCGGUUCUGGGCCAGUUCGCAGGCACAAAAGAGCAGCUCAUCAUCACCGCUGCCGGCUCGCAGCUGACCCUGUUGCGACCUGACCCAUCCCAGGGAAAAGUCGUUACCCUCCUCUCUCAUGAUGUCUUUGGUAUCAUCCGCUCCCUAGCGGCCUUUCGCCUCGCCGGAAGCAACAAGGACUAUCUGAUCCUGGCAACUGACUCCGGUCGGAUCACCAUUAUUGAAUAUGUCCCCGCCCAAAACCGCUUCUCGCGAUUGCACCUGGAGACGUUUGGCAAGUCCGGUGUUCGACGAGUCAUUCCGGGCGAGUAUCUUGCCUGUGAUCCUAAGGGUCGAGCAUGUCUCAUCGCCUCGAUGGAAAAGAACAAGCUCGUCUAUGUCCUGAACAGGAAUUCUCAGGCGGAGCUAACGAUUUCGUCACCCCUCGAGGCCCACAAGCCUGGUGUCCUUGUCAUUUCAAUGGUCGCAUUGGAUGUUGGAUAUGCCAACCCCGUCUUCGCAGCCCUCGAAAUCGACUACACGGAAGUCGAUCAAGACUCCACCGGACAGGCCAUGGAGGAGCUGGAGACUCAGCUGGUUUACUACGAGCUCGAUUUGGGACUCAACCACGUGGUCCGCAAGUGGUCAGAGCCUGUUGAUCCAACAGCCUCGGUGCUAUUCCAAGUUCCAGGUGGCAAUGAUGGACCAAGUGGUGUUCUUGUUUGCGGAGAGGAAAAUAUCACUUACCGUCACUCAAACCAGGAGGCAUUCCGUGUCCCAGUCCCUCGUCGACGCGGCGCAACGGAAGAUCCAUCUCGGAAGCGCACAAUCGUGGCUGGAGUAAUGCACAAACUGAAAGGUAGUGCCGGUGCCUUCUUCUUCCUAUUGCAGUCCGAGGAUGGCGAUCUUUUUAAGCUCACAAUCGACAUGGUCGAGGAUGAAGAUGGAAACCCCACAGGAGAGGUCAGGAGGCUCAAGAUUAAGUAUUUUGACACCGCUCCUGUCGCUUCCAGUCUUUGCAUUUUGAAGAGCGGUUUCCUGUACGUUGCCAGCCAGUUUGGCAACUACGCCUUCUAUCAGUUCGAGAAACUGGGAGAUGAUGACGAGGAACUCGAGUUCUUGAGUGACGAUUUCCCAGCGGAUCCAAGGGCGUCAUAUGAUCCAGUCUACUUCCACCCUAGGCCAACGGAAAACUUGGCCUUGGUUGAGAGCAUACCUGCGAUGAACCCCCUCAUCGACUGCAAGGUCGCCAACCUUACCGGCGAAGACGCUCCUCAGAUCUAUACUGUCUGCGGAAACGGCGCCCGCAGCACAUUCAGAACGCUCAAGCAUGGCUUGGAGGUCAACGAAAUUGUGGCCUCAGAACUCCCUGGAAUUCCAUCAGCCGUGUGGACGCUCAAGCUGAACCGAAAUGAGCAAUACGACGCCUACAUUGUCCUCUCUUUCACCAACGGCACCCUUGUACUCAGCAUUGGCGAAACCGUGGAGGAAGUUAGCGACUCAGGCUUCCUCACGAGUGUUCCCACGCUUGCCGCCCAGCUUCUUGGUGAGGACGGUUUGAUUCAAGUGCACCCCAAGGGUAUCAGACAUAUUCGCAAUGGCCACGUAAAUGAAUGGGCUGCUCCACAGCACAGGUCUAUUGUGGCUGCUACUGCCAACGCCCACCAAGUAGCAGUUGCUCUGAGCUCCGGUGAGAUCGUCUACUUUGAGAUGGAUGGUGACGGUUCUUUGGCCGAAUAUGACGAGAAAAAGGAGAUGUUUGGCACCGUCACUUGUCUGAGCCUGGGUGACAUCCCCGAAGGUCGACUGCGAAGUUCAUUCCUCGCUGUCGGCUGUGAUGACUGCACUGUUCGCAUUCUCAGCUUGGACCCUGAUUCGACUCUAGAGAACAAGUCAGUACAAGCCUUGACCGCCGCACCCACAUCUUUGGCCAUUAUUGCCAUGGAGGACUCCUCGUCUGGCGGCUCUACACUUUAUCUCCACAUCGGUCUCCAUUCCGGUGUCUAUCUACGAACCGUCUUGGAUGAAGUCACCGGCGAGCUCACUGACACCCGUCAAAAAUUCCUUGGGCCCAAGGAAGUGAGAUUAUUCCAAGUCACUGUUCAGGGACGAACCUGCGUCCUUGGUUUGAGCUCAAGACCCUGGCUAGGAUAUGCCGAUCCUAUCACUAAAGGAUUCGUGGUUACGCCACUCAGCUAUGUCGAUCUUGAAUGGGGUUGGAACUUCAGCAGUGAGCAAUGCGAGGAAGGCGUGGUUGGCAUCCAAGGUCAAUCUUUGAGGAUUUUUAACAUCGACCGACUGGGAGACAACUUAAUCCAGAAGUCGAUUCCAUUGACCUACACGCCCAAGAAGCUCGUGAAGCAUCCCGACCAACCUCUUUUCUACACAGUCGAAUCCGACAACCACACUCUUCCCCCCGAACUCCGGGCGCAAUUGCUCGCCGACCCAAGUGUGGUGAAUGGAGACUCUACAGUGCUCUCCCCUGAGGAGUUCGGUCACCCUCGGGGCACUCGUCGCUGGGCAUCUUGCAUCAACGUGAUCGACCCUGUCUCGGAAGAGCCUCAGAUCCUGCAAACAAUUGAUCUAGACAACAACGAGGCAGCUGUCAGCGCGGCCAUCGUAUCCUUUACCAGCCAAGAUAAUGAGAACUUCCUCGUUGUUGGUACUGGCAAAGACAUGGUUGUCAACCCCCGAAGUUUCUCUGAAGGCUACCUACACAUUUACCGCUUCCAGGAGGGUGGCAGAGAACUAGAGUUUAUCCAUAAGACGAAGGUUGAGGAGCCUCCUCUAGCUCUACUACCGUUCCAAGGCAAGCUUCUUGCUGCCGUCGGCAAAACCCUACGAGUAUACGAUCUCGGUAUGAGACAAAUGCUGCGCAAGGCGCAGGCCGAGGUGGCAGCCCAGCAGAUUGUGUCCUUAAACACCCAGGGCAGCCGCAUCGUGGUCGGCGAUGUCCAGCAAGGAAUUACAUAUGUUGCCUACAAGGCAGGCAGCAACAAACUUAUCCCCUUUGCCGACGAUACGAUUGCGAGAUGGACAACCUGCACGACUAUGGUUGACUAUGAAUCUGUUGCUGGAGGUGACAAGUUCGGCAACAUGUUCCUCGUCCGCUGCCCAGAAAAGGCCAGUGAAGAGGCGGAUGAGGAGCAAGCUGGCUUGCAUCUUCUCAAUGGCCGGGAUUAUCUCCAUGGAACCCCGCAUAGGGUGAGCCUCAUGUGCCACUUUUACACUCAGGAUAUCCCCACAACCAUUUCCAAAACCAGCCUAGUUGUUGGAGGCCAGGAUGUCCUACUGUGGAGUGGUAUCAUGGGCACUAUUGGAGUGUUCAUCCCAUUCAUCAGUCGCGAAGACGCCGACUUUUUCCAAAGCCUCGAAGGACACUUACGGACCGAGGAUCCCCCCCUAGCAGGCAGAGACCAUCUGAUGUACCGUUCAUACUACGCACCUGUCAAGGGCGUCAUCGACGGUGACCUGUGUGAGAGAUACCACUUGCUUCCAAAUGAUAAGAAGCAAAUGAUCGCAGGGGAGCUAGAUCGCUCAGUCCGCGAAAUCGAGAGGAAGAUUUCUGAUAUUCGCACACGAUCUGCAUUCUAG